CCCAGCUCCGGAGCGCGCAGCGCCUGGCCCCAGAGCUCAGCGAGCGCCCGGCCAGCAGGAUGCCGGAGCCCAAUACCCGGAUGGAUGUGGGGAGGUGGGCGAGUGCCAGCUACCGGGUGCACCAGCCCGGCCCCCCUGAUCCCCAGCCCGAAAGGAGGAAGCGAUCCUUUUUCAGCAAAUUCUGCAGAUGCUGCAAAUGCUGCGCGGGGCCCAGGGAUGACACAGACUGGGGGCCGGCGCCGGGGGACGUGCCGGGGUCCCGGCCGGCCCAGCCAGUCAUCCGGGAGGGGAUGCUGGUGGUGAGCGGCGUGGACCUGAUGGGGCAGCGCUCGGGGGCAACGCGCCGAGCCCACCAUACGGACGAGUUCGAGUACGACGAGCUGAUCGUGCGCCGGGGGCAGCCCUUCGACAUCCGCCUGCAGCUGCAGCAGCCCUACGACCCCGAGCUGCACCGCGUCUGCCUGGAGCUGCUCGUCGGCCCCACGCCCCAGGUGUCCAAGGCCACCCACAUCCUGGUGCCGGUGGGGGCCCCGCUGCCUGGGCUGGGCUGGGCAGCCGAAGUGAGGGACUCUAGCAGCAACAGCCUGUCCCUGCGGGUCAACACCGCCCCCACCGCCGUCAUCGGCAAGUACCGCUUCAGCGUCAAGACCCGGAGCCGGGCAGGCGAGUACCAGAUGCCCUUUGACCCCCGCAACGAGAUCUACAUCCUCUUCAACCCCUGGUGCCGCGAGGACGCCGUGUACCUGCCACAGGACGACUGGCUGGAGGAAUACGUGCUCAACGAGAGCGGGCGCAUCUACUACGGCACCGAGAGCCAAAUCGGGGAGCGCACCUGGAACUACGGGCAGUUUGACCGGGGGCUGCUGGACGCCUGCCUGUACAUCCUGGACCGGCGCGGGAUGCCCCACUCGGGGCGCGGGGACCCCAUCAGCGUCUCCCGCGUCGUCUCCGCCAUGGUGAACUCCCUGGACGACAACGGGGUGCUGGUGGGGAACUGGACGGGUGACUACUCGCGGGGCACCAACCCCUCGGCCUGGGUGGGCAGCGUGGACAUCCUCCGGCAGUACCACCGGACCGGCUACCCCGUCCUCUACGGCCAGUGCUGGGUCUUCGCCGGCGUCGUCACAACUGUCCUGCGGUGCUUUGGGAUCGCCACCCGCACGGUCACCAACUACAACUCGGCCCACGACACGGACGUCAGCCUCACCAUGGACAUCUACUUCGACGAGAACAUGAAACCGCUGGAACGGCUCAACGCCGACUCCGUCUGGAAUUUCCACGUGUGGAAUGACUGCUGGAUGACCCGGCCCGACCUGCCCUCGGGGUAUGACGGGUGGCAAGUGGUCGAUGCCACCCCCCAAGAGACCAGCAGUGGUAUCUUCUGCUGCGGGCCCUGCUCGGUGGAGGCCAUUAAGAAAGGGCAGGUGUAUCUGAAGUACGACGCGCCCUUCAUCUUUGCUGAGGUGAACAGCGACAAGGUUUACUGGCAGCGCCAGGCCGAUGGCACCUACAAGAUCGUCUACGUGGAGGAAAAGGCCAUCGGGCACCUGAUCAGCACCAAGGCUGUGGGCUCCCACCAGCGUCACGACAUCACCGAUCUCUACAAGCACCCUGAGGGCUCGGAAGCCGAGCGGCAAGCGGUGGAGACGGCGGCACGGCACGGCACCAAGGCGCACAUCUACAAGAACAAGGACUGGGGCGAGGACGUGUCGCUGAGCGUGGAGACCUCCGAGGCCAUCAUGGGCCAGGACGUGAGCAUCCAGGUGGCCCUGAGCAACCGGGGCAGCAGCAGCCACAGCGUGGCCCUCAGCCUGCACCUGGCCCCCAUGUUCUACACGGGCGUGACGGGGAGCACCUUCAAACAGGAGAGCCGGCAGGUGCAGAUCCCGCCGGGAGGAGCCCAGUCCGUCCGCAUGGUGGUGUCCUAUGCCGAGUACCAGCCCCACCUCGUGGACCAGGCGGCCCUCAUGCUCAGCGUCUCGGGGAAGGUGGCUCAGACCGGGCAGGUACUCGCCAAGCAGCACAGCUUCCGCCUGCGCACACCAGACCUGACGCUCACGGUGCUGGGCCCAGCUGUGGUGGGCAAGGAGACCCAGGUGCAAGUCCUCUUCAAGAACCCACUGCCCCAGACGCUGACGGGUGCUGUCUUCCACAUGGAGGGGUCGGGGGUGUCCAGCCCCAAGGCCACAACCUUAGGGACCAUCGGGGGGCACCAGACGAUCUCCUUCCGCCAGACAUUCGUGCCGCUCCGGGCCGGGCGGCGCCAGCUGGUGGCCAGCCUGGACAGCCCCCAGCUCUCCCAGGUCCACGGGGUGGUGACCGUGGAUGUAGCCCCGGCCGCAGGGGGCCAGCCGGCCCCCGCCCGCAGCUCCCCGGCCAGGGGCUCCCCAGCACGGGGCUCCCCGGCCAGGGGCUCCCCAGCACGGGGCUCCCCGGCCAGGGGCUCCCCCUCGCGCCAGCCAGACCCCCGGAACUCCCCCGCCCGUCACCGAGACCCCGGCCGGGCCGGCUGAGCCCCACAGGGGCGCUCUGUGCCGCGGGCGGGAGCGGGGCGUCUGCCCACCCCACCCCCGACCCCUCCAGCGGCGCUGAAAUGCGGCUCCAUCCACCCACACCCCCCCUCGCCGCCCCGUCUCCACCCAGCCAGCCCCCGCUGCAGUCCCGCACGCUGCCGCCCUGCCCGCCGCGGACCCAUCGCCCCUGCUUUCCGCCCGCCGCACAGCGAGGGAGCAGCUCCCCCCGGGGCUCGGCCCCCCGGCGGAGGCGGAUCGGGCCGGGGCCGGGGCCGGGCCGGGGCGCUCCCGAGCCGGGGGGACCCGGCGGCGCCCCGCGCUCUGGUCGGCGUUUGCAAUAAAGCGUUUGCCCCAGACUCCCGCCUCCGACGUUUUCUCCGCCCGCGGGGGCCGCCGGGGGCAGGAUCCGGCCGCGGCCAGCAGCGGUUCGGCGCCGCGGGGCGCAGGGACCCGGGGGGGAGGGGGCGCGGGGCGGUCCCAGCCCAACGGGGCGGAGCCACCCGCGAUGGGGGGCGGGGGCACGAGGAAGGGGCGGGGCCUCCCAUAAGGGGCGGGGCUGCGGCUGGAGUCAGGUUAAUUCGGCCGCCUCCGGCCCCGACUCGCGCAACCCGACCCGGAAGUGACGUGGGGAGACUGGCCCGACGGCGGUCGGUGCGAGCGGCGCGGGCCAGGAAGAGCCGCCAGCGGCCCGGGCCGGGGCCAGCCAUGGCCGGAAGUGACGUGGGAGAAAACGGGUGGGUGGCGGGGGGCAGCGCGCCGGCCCCCCCCCGCCAGGACCCCUGCGCCCCCCUGCGGCUGGCCGCGGCGGCCGCCUGGCAAGUGGUGCGG